GUCAUUUGCCCUGAACAAACUCGUUAAGUUUAUAUAUAGACUUAUCUCAACAAAUAUGUAUGAGAAAAUCUACUACAAAUAUUUAUUUAAAAUUAAAUUUAAAUAUUUCCCGAACUGGUGAAAUUACCACUUUCAAGAUGCCUUUCAACUUUGCUUUGUACCAAGCUGCUUUUGCAGUGAACCUCCUAUCAAUCAACACGGCAAGUGUAUUUUCAUGGGCAUCACCAUCGAUACCACUCCUAUCAAGCAACGACAAAAACAUAAAUCCUUUGGGAAGACCUGUAACGACCUUUGAAGAAUCUUGUAUAGCCUCGUUAGGCUCAGCUGGAUCUGUCAUUGGGACUUUACUAUCAGGAUAUGUUGCCGAGAAGCUUGGUCGAAAGAAAACAUUGUUUGUUUUUAGUAUUCCAACUGUAAUUUUGUUAAUAUUAACAGCUAACGCUACAAAUAUUUACUUGCUAUAUUUGGCGAGGUUAAUUUUAGGCAGUAGUGCAGGUUGCGUCCUCAAUGUUUUACCAAGUUUUAUAGGCGAAAUUAGUGAAGAUUCUAAUAGGGGUACACUAGGAGGUAUUUUUGGUAUUAUGAGUGGUAUAGGACAUUUGCUCUGUUUCGGAAUAGGUCCUUUAGUGAGCAUAAGAACAUUCGCUUACAUUCUAUUAACACCAGUUUCUAUUUUCAUUUGUUCUUAUUUCUUUCUUAUUCCCGAAAGUCCGCGAUAUUUAGUUAGUAAAGACGAUCAUGAGGAAGCUAGAAAGAAUUUGAAGAGAAUACGUAAGUCUUCCAAUAUAGAGAAAGAAUUACAAUAUUUAAUCUUAGUAGAACAAAAUACUAAAAACGGAGAUAAAGUUUCUUUGAAGGAGCUCUUCAAUUCUCCUGUUGUUAUAAGAGGUUUAUUCAUUUCCUGUUCUAUGUUUUUGAUACAACAAAUAACAGGUGUUGGUUUUAUUUUAGCUUUUUUGCAACAAAUUCUUGAGGCCAGCGGAGGAGUUAUUCCGCCAGCUGUAGCAUGCGUCAUCAUCGGUUUCGUCCAAAUAAUAUUCAGUCUGUUUUCAACCGUUUUAGUAGAUCGCGUUGGUAGAAAAAUUCUCCUACACAUUUCUUCGACAGGUCUGUCUUUAUCCAUGCUGUCGAUUGGUAUAUUUUUCGUAUUAAAAGAUUAUAACUGUAACGUUGAUAGUAUAUUUUGGUUACCUCUCGCAGGUCUAAUCGGUUUUUACAUAUUUCUCAACGUAGGUUACGGUUUUAUACCUUGGACGUUAUGUGGAGAAUUAUUUACAACUAAUACCAAAUCCCUUUGUGUCACUAUAUCAACAUCGUUUUGUUUAUUAUUAAAUUCAUUUGUGAACGCAUCUUUUCCUUUACUCCGAGAUACUCUUGGAAUGGGCGGAGUAUUUAUAAUGUUCGGUACUUUAACCGGUUUGUCGUGUAUCUUUGUCGCUUUAGUUGUUCCGGAAACGAAAGGAAAAAGCUUUGAAGAAAUACAAAACGCUCUACGACCUAAACCGAAGAGCAUUGUUUUGGUGGAUUAUAUAUUUGAUGAGAAAAUUCCACGAUGAAAGACUGACUCUGAAAAAUGUCAACUAGUUUAGGAUAACACAAGUUAACAAGAUUUUUUAUAUCCAAUUUCGAUUAAGUAUGAUUAAUAUAAGAAAAGAUACUUUAGACUCAUUAAUUUUGUGAUUUUGAUGCUAUCUAAACAAAAAUUCACGUAAAUCUCAAUUUUUUUCAGUUUUGGUUGUAAAUUGAAAGACAAGAAUUAAUUUUAUUUUAUAUAUGUUUAAAAAAAACAGGAAGCGUUAAAAAUAUAAAUAUUUUUAGUGUUUAUUUGCUCAAGUGAAUGAUUCCUCUCAAAAAAAAUCACCCAUAACAUUGCCAUGAUAUUUUUCUGAAAAAAAUUGUUCAAAAUUCUCUUCUUUCCCUUCUUUCUAUCUCAGUUUUGAACUGAUUGUACUUUCGUGGUCAUUCUACAAGCCCUACCUUCAAAGGUAUUAAGCAUUUUACAAAUAAUUGCUUAGAAAUUUCUAGCUCAACCUGGAACUAUCCAUUUAUGUUAUUAGGUCAAAAUAAACUAUUCGAUUAACAGAAAUUUCCUUCCUUCUUCUGAGCGAGCCGUAUCAAGUCCCCUUUACGUUGGCGAUCAGCAUGGCAAAACUCUUUCUAUCUUGAGCUAGUCUAAAUAACUGUCCAGCUUCUCUUAACCCAGUCCAUUCUUUAUAUUCUUCAACCAAGAGGCUUGUUUCCUUCUAAUUCCUCUACGAUCUUUAACUUUACCCACGGGAAGAUAAACUCAAAUAAGCUAUAUUCCUGCAUUUAAUGUUAUCCACCAACUCACGAACAGAAUUUGCUCUGUUAAGGACUGCAUAGUUUAUUUGUACGGUAUCUUGAGAAUGCGCCUCUAUAACCGCAUUUCAAAAGUCUCUAAUAGUGGGUCCACACGAAACAUAUUUCUCUAAAAUUCUAUAGAAUUUUGUCUGUGCAAACUAGACAAUACAGACAAAUGUCGGUGCGAUCCAAAAGUCGGAGUAUACAUGUAAGUCUGCGUAUUUAUCGUAUCUAAAAAAUAUAAAUUGUAUUUUCUCACGAAAAGUCUGUACAGACAUGUAUGGGUAAAAUUUUUUACUCCGACUUCAUAGACUGUGCAGAUAUCUGUACGAACAAAAGUCUGUAUCGUGUGGACCCACCAUAAGCGGUAGAUAUUUUUAAAGUGUAUGCUUCGACACCAUAUAAAAAAACUGAUCAUAUGUAACAUUUGAUCAUCCGUUUCCGGAUGUUGCACGAGCUACCUCAAUUGUAAAUUUUAUUUCCUUAUCUGGAUCCGGUUGUUCAGGAAUGUAGCCAAGAUAUUUGAAACUAGACGUUCUUUGAAUCGUUUGUCCGCUUACCUGUAGCUGUGACGACAAGCGACUAAAUAUAAAUUCCCACAGAGCUGAUUUAUACUGGAUACUUUGGGUGCACAUUAGUAACAAAUCCCCAUCGAUCCCAUAUGUGCUAAAUAAGUUACUCAUGAUCAAAAUUUUUUCAAUAUUUUCGUAGUAAACAGUGAGUGUCAUGGAAAGAAUUGUGGAUCUAUCUAUCUAUAUCAAACGCACAUAUUUCACACUAUGAGGUCGUGUAUUUGAUGACUCGAUUUUUUUAUCGUGGUUUCUCUAGUAGGCAUGAAAGAAUUGUGGAAUAUUCACUACAUUUCAAUUAUUAAUAUUUAGUAACGAUAUUAGAACAUCUUUUCCAAACAUCCUUCAGUUCAUCUGUUUUUUAGAAAUUUAAACAUUUCUUUCAUUCCGGAUGUAUCUGGAAUACGGGGAGAGUACGAUUUCCGUGGCGGGGAUUAGGCUCAAUCAACCUAACCUAACCAAAAUAAAUCGAAAAUGGAGAAUGGAAUUUUUUGAUAUCUCACUUCGUUUUCGAGAUAUCGAUACUUAAAGUUAUAAUCAAACGUUAAUUGAAAAUUCGCUUUAUUGAACAGAUUGCGUUCAAUACUUCGUUUCAAAUGAAUAUUUUAUCACUUCUAAUUUAAUAUGAAUAUUGUAAUUCAAUAAACAAAAGAUUUUUUAUUAUAUAAGUUUUAUAUUAUUUAUAUGAUAAUGAAAUAAAACUGAAAUAAUCCUCACGCGAAAAAAAUUUAGACAAUUUUGGCUGUAACAAAUUCACGAGUUUUGAACUUUUUACACUCAACGUGCACCACGAGAAAGUCGGGUUAGGUUAGGUUGAUAUAUACAAAUAUAUUUUAUUCUUCAUUUUCGAUUUAUUUUCAGUCGAUUCACAAAAUGGCAUAGCAAAUCCAGACGCCACGGAAAUCAUACUCGUACCUGGAAUACAGUCAAUUUCACCCUUUGAGAUGAGUUUCAGGAAGAGUUUGUGAUAAUUUAGCGUUCUCGUACUCAAAAUCCGUGCUACAACUUUUGCACGAACUCGAAUUUCUUUGAAAAUUAUUUCUUAAGAUGGAGGACUAGUAGUUUCUGCAAACUUUUAGUGUUUUUAUUCUCCUCAUUUGCUUCAUGGCCGCAUAAUACAAAUAUUAACUUCCAUCCUGCUAUAAUACGAGGUGGAGUGAUUUUGUAUAAACCGUCUUCUUAAUUCCUUUCAUUUCUUUAAAUACUUGAGUCGAUUAAACUUUUCACUCCACUAAUUCCUCUAACUCUGACCAUACUGUAAACGCGAUGUAGCAUAUGCAAGUGAUUACUUGUGAUAACGUUAACUGACUUUUGGCGUAACCCCCGUAUAAUGUAAUUUUUACCACUUUUGGAAUCGCGAUAUCUCAGAAACGGUAGUUCCUAACCAUAAAAGGAUAAUGACAGUUUUUGUAGAUAAUUUUGUGAUCUACAAUUUUUACUUAAAACUUUUUUUUAUAAAACAUUUACCAUAACAACAGAAAAAAAUUGACUUAGUAUUGAUGGGGACUCCUGGUAACUUAUUUGUAAUGGUAAUCUCAAGGUUCUCACAAAAUUCACGUUUUUGGUAUCGUAGAUAAAAGCAUGGGUAGCAUGGUUAUUUGUACCUACAUUAAAUUUUUUCCUGAAAACCAGUCAUAUUGAAAUCUCUGGAAUUUGGCCGUCUGGAAUAUUCUUCAUACUUAAAAGUUUAAAACAGCAUUUAUAAUUUGAAUUUAACUCAAUUAAUUUUUUGUUGAAUCUAUAGGUAAUGUACAAAACCAAAUAUUUACCACCAUUAUUUUUUUUUUGUGAACAGUCAAAAAUUAUUUUUUGUUAACUUGUGUAAUUUAUAUGAUGGGAAAAUAUUAACAAACUCCUAUAUCUAUGAAAAAAAGUUUUAUUUUGACAUUAUAGGAGUAUAAUGAAAGUAAUCAAAUAUAAUAAUGAACGACUGAUGAUUAUUUCCCAUCAUCAUAAUUAAAUAUUAAUUUUUUAUCAGUUGUUCAACUACUAUAAAUUGGAGUGCCAUAUUUAUAAGCACAAAAUGUUGUAUAUUAGUACAAAAUAUGUGCAAACCAAGAGAUUUUGUAACUUUUUUAUAAAAAAAUAAAAUAUAAUAGUGAA